AGAUUCAUUCGUAGAAACUUCUGCCAGUCUGCUCGUAAGAAAUGGGAGCUUCUGUAACCGCUGUUUGCCUCAGCCAGGAUCAUACGUUCAGCAAAGGUAGUCAGUACAGCAUUCGGCUUCUGACAGGUGAGGGGGUUGCAGGAGAUGCUCACUGCGGGAAGUAUGUGCAGCAUGUUCACCACAAGAAAAUAGAUGCGAGCCAACCCAAUCUACGCCAGGUGCACAUUAUUCAGGCGGAAUUGCAUGAUGAGUUGCAGUCUGCUGGGCUGAAUGUGGCGCCAGGACAAAUGGGAGAGAACAUCACCAUUCGGGGAGUGGACAUUAUUUCACUUCCGCUGGGAACGCGAUUGAAAAUUGGAUCUACCGCCGUUGUUGAGCUCACAGGUCUCCGCAGUACAUGCGCCAAGCUGAACAAAAUUCACAGUGGUCUGCUGAAGGCCGUGCAGCCUUAUGAUCACAAUGGGAACGUCAUGCCCAGGGCGGGAGUAAUGUCGAUUGUCGUCAGAGGAGCUGAAGUACGCCCUGGAGAUCCGAUCCAGGUGGAACUACCAAAUUAUCCUCAUCAGCCACUUCCUGUGUUGUAAGCUUUGGGCAGAUGUUCAGCCCGAGUCCGGUUUGAACAUCUUGUGCAUUGCAUAUAUAAACGACGAUGUCUUUAUUCCGACAAGAGCUAGAAGUACAGACAUUUCCAGUACUUUUCCUACUGUGUUGACUGCUACUUUCACAAACUCCUGCAUCUUUACCUACAUAAAUGUGGGUGCAACUACAUGGCUACUUCAGUUUGUAAUGCUAGAAGAGUUCGAAUAGUAAAGAAUGGUUUAGUACUACAUGUGUAUUACAAGAGGUCUAUGGACAUGAUUCGCUUUUCCCUGAAGUGUACAUGUCUGACAGACUGUGUCCUUAUCAACCUCAACUGAGGAGAAAUCUCAGGACACGAGAAUUGAACUGUCCAGGUUUUUCGAUCUGAGGAACAUGCCCAGCACCUUCGAUG